AUGAGGGACUCUGCAGAAACUUCAUUCUCUCUCUCCACCGUCCUCUGCCAAGAAGAUGAAACUUGUCUUAACCAAUUGGAAGACGAAUCUAAAACUUCUGUAGAAUCAAACCCAUGUUUUCUUUUUGAUAACGACGAUGAAUAUGUCGAAAACUUGAUUCAGAAAGAAGCUCAUUGCUUUGAAUCCAAAGGGUUCAAGGAUUGCCCGGUCUCUGAUUGUUGUUUCUAUAUUUCUUGUUCAGUCCCUGAAAGUUUGUGGAUUUUGCAGACAGGGGCAGUUUUUGGGUUCCAGUUGCAAACAGCUUACUUAUCAGUGACUUACUUUGAUGGGUUUCUUUCAAAACGAUCCAUUGAUGAUGAGAAAUUGUGGGCUAUUAGAUUGUUAUCAGUGGCAUGUUUAUCCUUGGCUGCUAAGAUGGAAGAAUGCAAAAUACCAGCUUUAUCAGAUUAUCGGUUUCGGUACGAUUACGAUUUUGAAAGCAAAGUGAUUCAAAGAAUGGAGCUUUUGGUGCUGAAUACAUUGGAAUGGAAGUUGGGUACAAUCACUCCUUUUGAUUAUCUGCACUACUUCAUCAAUAAGUUUUGUGCUGAUCAAUUAAGACCAAAAGAACUAGCUUCUAAUGCUAUCAGACUAGUUGUGGCAAUGGCAAAAGAAAUUGAUUUGAUGGAUACUCGGCCGUCGAUUAUUGCAGCUGCUGCAGUUUUAGCAGCAUCAGAUGGUCAAUUAAGCAGAAAGAUUCUAGAGCUUAAGAUGAAUGUGAUCUCAUUCUUGCAGUCCCAAGAUUAUGAAUACAUAUAUUCCUGCUAUGAUUUUAUGCAGGAAAUAGUGGAAAGAAAAGAUAAGACACCAGCUCCCAAGUUUUCAAAUUCCCCUCUAUCAAUUCAUUCAUACUCAAUGGAAGUGCUUGAAACUUCACCAAUUGGCACUAAGAGACGGCUUACAUUCGGUGACUCUUCUGAUCAAAGUUACCCAACCAAGAAAAUUCACCAGCCAUAGUUACUGUUGAGGUUUUUUUUUUGAAUAUUUGUUGGUUUUUUGAUUGAAUUAUAGAGAGAAAAAGAAUUUCAUGAUA